AUGUCACCGUCAGCCACCCUCGAACCCGAUGUUCCCCUUGACAACACCAUGGGAGCGAUGAUGAUAGGCGUCAUUGUCAGCGCUGUUCUUCAUGGAGUUUGUUUGGUUCAGGCGUUUUUUUACUUCACCAAGUACAAGAAAGACAUUUGGUACAUCAAAGCCCUCGUGAUAACAACGGUGGUCUUCGACGCAAUUCAUCUUUGCUUCAUUUCACACACUGUCUACCAUUAUGUUAUAACAAACUAUCACAACCCCGAUCGUCUCCGCAUCCUUAUAUGGUCGGUUGUGAUGGAAGCCCUUUUUACGGGAGUUAAUGGAGGAAUUGUUCAGACCUUCUAUACUCAACGCGUAUGGCGUCUGAGUAAAAGGAAUUAUUUUCUGACAGGCUUCAUUCUUUGUCUUAUCAUGGCGACAACUGGGUGCGGUACGGCAUGGGUUAUUCUAGCUAUGCAAAUGACAACAUAUGAAGAGCUGUUGAAAAUCACGCCGCUCACCAUAACAAUCAAUGCCCUAUCAUCAGCUACCGACGUCCUAAUCGCAGUAAGCUUAUGUAUCAUGUUACACAACGCUCGCACUGGUUUUAAAAAAUCGGAUACUAUCAUUAAUAGAUUGAUGAUCUUCAUAGUCAACACCGGAGUCUUAACCACCACCUGUGCUAUCGCCGCCCUGAUCGCGUUGGUAGCAUCAUCUCAUAGCUUGAUUUACGCCUCAUUUUACUUUUGCAUUGGACGAUUCUACACGAACUCGUUCCUGGCAACGCUGAACGCACGCAAGAGAAUUUCGAGCGACGUUGAUGAAACUAGCCACAUGAUGGUGUCUCUCCCACCCACCGUACUGACUGGCAACAUGACAACCGGCAGCAGGACGGCACAGCAGAAUAUCUCAAUACGAAUAGAAACAACCAAAGAAGCCCUUCGAGACGAGGUGAAUGAUAAGAGUAUGACAACCAAUACAGAAACUGGAAGAAGCGACGAAGAUCUUCCGACGAAAAACAUGGCUUUAUAG